UAAAAAAUGUUCAGCGUGGAAUCUCUUCUAGGCGAAUUCGAAAACAAAGAAUGGAGACAAAGAAAGAAAAAUUUUAAAAAGGAAGAAAUAAAAGAAGAAAAUAAUAAUUUAAAUAAACAAGAAGUUGGAAAUGGAAAUCGAGAAAUUAGGGGUGAAAAUAAUAAUCAAAUGAUAGAGGAGUCUAUUCCUUCUACAAGUAGCCAUACUUCAAAUGAGCGUUCCCAUUUACCUGAAGCUCCAUCAAAUGAAAAUAAGGAAGAAACAACAACAACUUCAACAAUCCAACAAGAAUUUCAACCAAACAAUAAUUUUAUUCAAUUUUCCCCAAAUAUUCCCCAAACAUUUUUUCCCCCACAAAUUUCCCCUUUCGGAAAUUAUUUCCCCUCAAUUUCAACUUCUCCGAUAGCUGGGGCAGCUGCAGCAAUGUUUUGGUUACAACAACAAAUUAUUUCGAAACAAAGAAGAAUUCCUUCAUUUGAUAAUUCUUUAAGAGAAGAAGGAGAAGAAGGAGAAAAUAAUUUAAAUAAAAAUCAAAAUUUAAUUAAUUAUUCUUCUUCAUCUACAGAAAAAUCAUCUACAAUUAUAGAUAAAGGAGGAAGUAAAUUAAAUGGAAAAAUUGUGGAAAAUGGAAAGGAACAUCGGAAAUUUUAUGAUGAGCAUUCUACAACAAAAAUUUCCUCAAUAGAUAUUUCCUCUUGUAUGCUUCGAAGACACAAAAACAAUCGAAAACCUCGAACCCCUUUUAGUCAACAACAAUUAACAGCUUUAGAACAAAAAUUUCAAAGAAAACAAUAUUUAUCUAUUGCCGAAAGGGCUGAAUUUUCGUCUAAUUUGAAACUUUCUGAACAACAAGUGAAAAUAUGGUUUCAGGUAUUUUAA